AUGGCCGUGCUGCUGGAGCCAGGCGAAGUGACGGUAAACUUGCACCGUGCCGAAAGCCUGAAAGAUGCCGACUGGUUUGGCAAACAGGAUCCAUAUGUAAUUUUACGGUGUGGGGAGAACAAGUACAGGUCCAAUACGCAUGAACGCGGAGGCCGUGACCCAGCUUGGGAACAGCAAUUCGUCUUCAAGGUCGACCAGGAGACGACUUUGGAGCUUGAGGUGUACGACCAGGAUAUGUUCAAACCUGACGACUGCCUGGGCAAAGGAAAGGUGGACAUCGUAUCUGUACGACAAAUCAAAAAGAUGUCUGUUGAGGUGCCCUUGUUUCGGCGCCUCUCACGUCGUCAGGCGGGUCACGUGUACCUGACAUUGAGUUUCUCACCAGCCAGAGCUUCAGCGUCAUCGGGCAUCAGAAGCGCCGCGGCUGCAGCAACCCCCGCUGCAACCCCAACCGCGCCAAAUCCCGGCGAUGCAGCCAUGUCCACAUACGUGAUACACGAGCAGGCCACAGCCGUGGCGAACCAGUUCCCCACGGCCUUCCCGGGUAACGGGGAUGGAAGGGGGGGGGAUGUAGAGACGCGCGAUGGUGCUGCUGUGGCGGCCGCUGGAGGAGUCCUAGCGGCGUCCAGCGCCCAUAUUCCAUCUGGGUCAUCUUUGGCACCCGGGUUGGUGCCUGCGGGGAGCAUGCCGGAUACCGUACCAAGCUACAACCCGACAUGUGGCCUCAUACAACCACAUCCUGACCGGCUACUGCCGUGCCAUGUCUCGUCUUCGAGCACUGCCAACAGCAGUACGGCGUCUCUGGGGGGCCGUACAGCUCGCAACAGCAUGCCGUACACUCGCAGGUGUAUGGCAUGGGACCAGGCUUUAGUGUGCCGCCAGCAGGAUCGUACCACGCGCCAAAUCCGCCACAGCCGGCAUAUUCGAUGCCACCACCACCGUCCCCGUCACAAGCUUCAGGAUACCCCCCACAACUGCCGUUCAACCCAUCGUUACCGUCGUACCACCCUGUACAGCACCCUCCGUACGGGCCGCCACCAGUUCCUCCCGGGUACCCCAGCGCGCACGGAUACGCGCAUCCAGGUUACCCUUGAGUGCGCAUGGGGGGUCCUUCACGGUGUUAGGUAUCCGCGGCGGUUCGCCUCGCGGGGGUUCAUCUCGCGGCGGGGUUUCGGAGCUGGUGACCGGACAGGGGUCGGAUAG